ACUUAUCAGUGUGUGGGCGUCGGAGACGAGCCAAUCAAUGUAGGAAGUGCCGAGAAGGGCCUAUAAAACUGUCCUGGGCCGCCAAGUCUCCACUCCUCCGACAGGUCACAGCUCGGUCCGAGAGCCGAGAGGUCACAGUCGGGUUUGACAGGUCGACCACACACCGCUGUGCAUACGAGGAUGUUGCGUCUGCUGUUGGCUCUGAGCUGCGCGGCCGCUCUGAACGCGGCACCGGGCACCGUCUAUGUGCCUCUCAGGGAUGUCUUCCAAGCCGGCCAGCAGUUUUUUGUCGGUGAUCUCGAGGUGGGCACUCCCGGGCAGCCCAUGUCGGCCAUUGUCGCCAUCGACGGCCUGACGUGCCUCAACUCUGUGCGAUGCUCGGACCCGUACUGCACCAGCCACCGGCAGUACGACGCCUCCGCCUCGUCCACUUACCAGGAGGACGGCACUCCUUUCGACCUCCCGGGAGGGCUGAACAUCAGCGGCGUGCUCUCAAAGGACUCGGUGAGCCUGGGUGGAGCCACCGUCAGCGACGUGCUCUUCGGAGAGGCCACGUCCGUCUGGAACCAGUGGUCGACCGACGCGCCCAACGACGGCGUGCUCGGUCUCGGCUUCAGUCCGGCAGCGCCGUCCAUCCUGGACGCCCUGGCCGAGCAGGGAGUGAUCGCCGACCGGCUGGCCGGCAUCUGGCUGGGCCGGGACGGCGUCGGCGGAGAGCUGACCCUGGGCGGCAUCAACGAGCAGCGCUACACCAGCCCGCUCACCUGGACGCCCAUCGUGGACAACAUGGUGUCGGCCGAGAGCGUCACCGUCGGCCAGGUGAGCGUGUGCGCCGCCGACUGCCGGGUGGGCGCCACCUCCGUCAGCCCCUACUUCUUCCUCACCAUGCAGAUGGCCAAAACCAUCAACGACGCGCUGGGCGGCACGGACAUCGGCCAGCCGGGCGUGGCGGCGCUCGACUGCGCCACCCUGGACGCGCUGCCGCCGCUGGAGCUGGUGAUCGCCGGCCGCUCGCUGCAGAUGAGCCCCCGCCAGUACACGGUUGUCAUCCCGCUGACCGGCGGCGAGAGCCUGUGUCUGUCGGGCUUUGUGGGCCUGUCCGAGGUGCCUCCCGCCGACAUUACGGUCGGCACUCUGUUCAUGCAGCAGUUCUACGCCGCCUACGACAUGGACAACAUGCAGGUCGGCUUCACCGACAGUGCGUAGGGGAGGAGUGCCGCGGGAUCCAGCGCCACCCACCAGGAGUCGGCAGCACGGAGCCGCUGGAUCCAGCGCCACCGGGAGUCGGCAGCACGGAGCCGCGGGAUCCAGCGCCACCAGGAGUCGGCAGCACGGAGCCGCUGGAUCUGCAGCGCCACCAGGAGUCGGCAGCACGGAGCCGCGGGAUCCAGCGCCACCCACCAGGAGUCGACAGCACGGAGCCGCUGGGCCGUCCGCAGCUCUGCGUGCCUCCAUCAUGGGUGCUGUCGUCUAGGGCGCUUUACCGGACACAUUUAAUUAAUUCAUUUUAAUGGAAUGUUGGCCUUGAUAACUUCAAAAUGCUAUCAUACUUCAGAUACUUUGAAUAUAUGAAUUACCUAUACCAAAUCCCAUGCGUGGUAGUUUCCGCUCUCACAUAUCAAUGAGGUUUGUUUGGGCCAUGCUGUGCUCUGCGUGAUAAUUCAGGAAAUCACUUGUAUGUUUGGUGCUUUAUCGGAUUUUACGCGUAAUCGUUACGCAGAGCAAGUUCAGCCAAUGGGAAAUACGGUGGGACGGCUACACUGAGGGGCACGUCCGUUCACUGUUCAGUCGAGGAAAUUACACGGAUGACACGGAUGUUCAGACCAGGAAACCACGGACGACACGAUUGCUGAGUUCAUGCAAACGUAUGAAAGCACUGGCAAGUCCAGAAAUAAUGGGAGGCACACAAAGGUUCUCCAAUAUCCAAACACAUUCUUGGAUUUCGCUUACUUAUGCCUCACAAUGCAGCUAAAAAAGUUUCAUACAUAAAAAAAAUAUUUUCUUAUGCAAGGGAAACGGCGAAACUUUGCCAAGUUUUGACGCUGCGAACGGAGCAAAUGCCCUAUAAAUGCUACCCGUCCCUUGGCCCUGCCAGUGAACGUAAGUGUAUGAUAAUUCACGGAAGUUUUAAAAAAGCAGAAGGCGACGUAAAUGGUACCUACCCCUUGGCCCUAAGUACCUACCGAAAUUCCGAUGAACCGCAGUAUAAAGUUUGUGUAUUGUACAUAUGUGCAUAUAUAUUGCGCAUCGUUGUGGUUUCUAAUUGAAACAUAUUUGGCUCUCACCACAGAGUCAGACUCAGGACAAGACAAACGUGACGCUGUACAAUGUAAAAAUAGACAUGAAAGUAAUGGUUGAUGAAAUCCGCGUACCUAUGGAAAAAUGAUAACUGCCUACAAGUGAUGUUAAAACCGUUAGAUGACACUCGGCGCUGAUUAGACGAACGAUUUGCUUCGGCUUUCGCCUUUCGGUCUAUGUUGGGGAGUGUAUCACCUCUCGGACUCGAUUUCUAAAUCGUUUCACGCACGCCUCCCUCCGUAGGUCGGUGGGGAGGUCGUUCCACGCUUGGAUCGAUCGCAGCGGUAUAAACCGGCGCGUCGCCUCCAACUUACAUCUCCGCGUCUGCAGAGCGGAACCAGCGGAUACGCGUGCAUGUCGCUCGCUCACGUCCGCUCGAUACUCUAAAAGAGCCUUCAGAUUUAGGGGCGCAUUUUCUGUGUUGAGCAGCCGGUGAAUGAGGAGGCAGUCUUAGUAGCUCGGACUUAACCCGCGCACCGACGGGGGUCUGCGCCAACUUAGUACCGACGGGGGGAGGGGGCGGUCAUCCGCCCCCCCCCCCGGGCGGAUGACCGCCCCCCCCCCUGAGAUCUCGAGAACGAAGCAAGAUAGCGACAAGCGGUAAACGGCAUCGGAUACGCACGGACAAGGUCUACAAUUUUUAGGUACUAAGGUCAUUUUCAGGUCAGGUCAAAGAUGAUGUCACAGGGGUAAAAAAGUCGUAAUGGCGGCGCUAGAUAUGGAGAGAGUUUUUCUCGAAUAACUUUCGAAUUAGUCAAGGAUGGCGACGGGGGUGAGAGACGUUCGCGAUGGGCCCCCCCAGCAAAGUGGGCCCCCCUCAACCAAAUGGGGGCCCCUUACCAACAACGAAAGUUCAGAUCAUUGUCAUCAUUAGGGUAAAGUGCCUAAUUAGCGACCCUUUCCGAUUUGCGACCUACCUCCCUACAGAAAAACUGGCAGGAGAAAACGGGGUAAAAACAUCGUCAAAAGGUCAGCCAUACUUUGGUUAUCAAAUUAAAUUAUUUUCCGGUCGUCGAUGUUUCUGGUGAGACGUUUCAGGUGAGUUUAAAUAAAAAUGACGAGUUUCUUA